AUGUAUUUAAAAAAUAUUAAUGAAUUACAUUCAACUAUAGCAUCUUUGGUAUCACUUAAUAUUAAUUAAGGAAGAAAAACAAAUCUUAGCAAUAUAAACCUAAAAUCAAACUUUUACUAACCUAAUGGAUAGAAUUGAACAUUACAGUUAAUAAUUAAAUGAUAGAUCAGAAAAACUCAAAGAAUUACAAUAGUAAUAUCAAUAAUUGAAAGGGGAUUAAAAUUUUGCCCAUUAGAGUUAUAUUACAAAUAUUGAUAAUCUUUAAAAGAGAGUUAAUCAAUUAAUUUCUUCUUAAAGAGAAGAGACUGAAGGAAAUAGAUUCUCAACUGAAAAAAUUGAUACUAAAAUUUAAGAUUUAAUAGAAAAACUAAAUAAAAUCUAAGAAAAAGCAGAUUAAUAUUAAUAAACUUUCCUAUAAUAAAAUGUGUUAAGCAAUUAAGUAUAAGAAAUGGUUGAAUAAUUUGAACGAUUUAAAGAGUCAACUAUUCUUAAAGAAGACCAUGAAAAAUCUAUUAAAUAAUAAAGCGAUCAUAUUAAAUGUGAACUUAAUACUAUUCAAUUAAAAUAUUAAUAAAUUAUGAGUUAAAAUAAUAGAAAUAUAACAUAAAUGCAAUAGUAGAUUGAUAGUUUUUAAUAUUAAAGAGAAGAUACUUAAAGAUAAUUUUCUGCUUUUUAAGGAUAAUUAAAAGAUCUAAGAGUAGAAUUUUAGGAUAAAAACUCGGAAAUAUAAAAAUCUAUAAAUAAUCUAAGAGUACUUUUUGAAUAAAAGUAUGAGGAUUGGAGUGAAACAUUUCAUACAGUUUAGACAGCUGUUGAUUAAUUUAAAUUUGAUUUUGCCAGCAUGAAAUAAAAUUAUAAAAAGAACCUUCUAAAAUAUGAUGAAGUUUUUGAAUAAUAUAAAGAAAAAUGUGAUAAUAAUAUCAUGUCAAUUUUAAAUAGAAAUACGAAUAUAUAAAAAUUAUAUUUAGAUGAAUAGAUAUAAAUAAUGGAUAAUCAUUUUAUGGAAGAAUUACAAUCUUUAUAAAAUUAGUUGGUUCCAAAUAUUAUUUAAAACAUUGCAUCAUUAGAAAAUGAAGGAUAAUAAAAUUAGAUAAUUUAAAAACAUAGCAAAUUAAAUAUUGAUGAUAAUUAAUCUAAACAAUAUAAAUUGUAAGCUUUAUCUAAUUAAAGUAAUAUCAAUCCAUAAAGAAAAAGUAAAAUAUUGAAAGAUACAGGAGAAGCUGAAUCUCCAUUAGGUAUAAAUAUCACAAGUAUUAAUGUUACAGGAAAUAAUAAAUCAAUUAGAUCAAAUAGUAAAAUUGAUGGGUAUGUUGAAUAUUAAUCAUUUGAAAAAAAAUAAUCAGCAUCAAAAGUGAUUGAUAAUUUAGAAUUAAUAGAGAUAAAGUAAUAGUUGGAAAAAUUGUUAGAAUCUUAAAAAACUUUUUAAUUUUAAUAUUAAUAAUAAGAUAAAGAUUUAUAGUAAUUAAAUGAUAAGGUUAAGAAGCAACAUGAAAGAUUAGAAUUCUUUUUUUUAUAGACAAAAACUUAAUUGAAUAAAUACAAUUCUAAAAUUGAUACAAUUUAAAAUGAUUCUAAAAUAGGUUAACCUGAUAAAGAAUUUGUAGAUUUAAAUUAUAUAAAAAGAGAUCUUGAAUCAUUACAAGGAUAAAUUACAAAAAUAAAAUCUGAUAUUUAAAAUGAUUCUACGUUUGCAAAUUAAUAAAUUAAGAAUCUUUAGAAAAUUAGAGAUUAAUUUUUACCAAAGUAAUAAGAGUAAGAAAUAAAAAUGGAUUAGUUAGAUGAAUGUUAAAAAUUAAUGAUUAUUUUAUUACUACAAAAUGAAUUGGUUUAAAUUAGUCAUGAAGAUAGCUUAUAUAGAGUAGAUUAGAAUAUUAAUAAUUUGCAUUUUGAAUUUCAACCAGGUUUAAAAGAUGAAAAUACUCAUAUAACUUUUAGAUAAUAGAGAAUAUCUAAAGUAGAUUUCAUAUUGAAUUAAAUAUUACCAAUAAAAAAAGUAAAUUUGUCUACUAGUAGAAUAGAUUAAUCUUUGAAUUUAUCAUAAUCGCAAACUUUGAGAAAAUAAUAAACAAAUAAAAAUCUAAUAAAAAAUGGUAAAAUAAGUCAUUCUGUAAUAGUAACAAAGAAUUAAAAAGUAAACGAAUCAACAAGAUUGACAAUGAGAAAUACAUUGACUGUAGAAAUGAGUUAAAAAUAUAUGAAUAGAAGUUAAAGACAAAAAGAUACAUUUUAUAAAACCAAAAUAUCAGUAUCAAAUUAGCGUUUAAACAAUACUUUAACUGAUGAAACAAUUUGA